GUAGUUCAAAAGAAUAUUUUUUGCAAAGGCUGUAGCGUUAACAGGAUCACCGUGAAUCAUUCUCCUGAGAAAGAGCUGUAGAUUUCUCUUGAGGCACCCCACCGGCGAAUUCCUCAUGACGGCUCCACCCUGCAUAUUUGGGACUAGCUGAUGAAGAUGGAGGUGCUGCGCCGCUCUUCUGUCUUUGCUGCAGAGGUGAUGGACGUGUUUGAUCGGUCUCCCACUGACAAGGAGCUUGUAUCUCAGGCCAAGGUGCUCUGCAGAGACUACAUUCACUCCAGGCUGAUUCGGGCUGGAAUUGGCUGGAACAAGCCUGAAUACAGCGCACCUGCUCCUGGUGGCAAGUUAUCAGAGGUGUCGAACAUUCUCCUGAGAUUAGGUGAUGAGCUGGAGUACAUUAGGCCCAACCUUUAUCGGAACGUUGCACGGCAGCUAAACAUCUCCCUGCACUCAGAAACUGUGGUGACGGAUGCCUUCCUGGCAGUGGCAACUCAGAUCUUUUCUUCAGGCAUCACGUGGGGUAAAGUGGUGUCGCUCUAUGCUGUGGCAGCGGGGCUGGCUGUGGACUGCGUUAGACACGCCCAGCCAGCCAUGGUCCACACCAUUGUAGACUGCUUGGGGGAGUUUGUACGCAAGACCUUGGUGACGUGGCUCAAGAGGAGAGGAGGCUGGACUGACAUUACAAAGUGUGUGGUGAAUACCGAUCCUAACCUUCGUACCCAUUGGCUUGUGGCUGCCCUCUGUAGCUUUGGUCACUUCCUGAAGGCCAUCUUCUUUGUGCUCUUGCCAGAAAGAUGACAUCCAAUUGCAAAGUGACGAC